UGUAUACAAAAUUUACUCGUUUUCUAAAUAAAACAUCGUCAAAUUUAAAUGAAAAUAUUACAUUUUAUGAAAUUAUAUUUUUGAAUUUCUGUUUGUUGUUAAAUAUUAAUAUUUCUUCAAUUUAAGAUGUCCCAUGAAUUAAGCAAGAAAUCUUUUCAUAUUGAUUUAUCAAGAAAAACAAAACAUCAAAGAACCAAACACCCUUAUAAUCUUCGACCAAGAAGAAAACAACCAAAUUACAAUGAGAAAAAUUUUAAAAAUUCCAUUCAACACAAAAGAAGUAAACUUCAAAAUGAUAUUCAAAUUAUUGACAUAACUGACUCAAGCAGUAGUAAACAAUCAAGCCGUACUAGUUUAAAUGAACCAGCUGAAAUUUUAACUCAUUUUGUUAAUGAAAAUUAUGGUGUUGAUUCAGUCGAUGACUUGAAAAGACAUGAGCUUGGAGAGAAUGAUAAUAGUCUGGAGUUAUCCAGUCAUAAUAAUGAAAAAGAUCCCGAAAACCAAUCAGUGGAAACAGUCCUAGAACUAGAUCCACUUGAAAACAUUGAGAUCGAUGGAGGUGCAAUCGAACAAUCCUCGGAAAACGAGGAAGAUGAAGGUGUAGCAAGCUCAAAUGAUCUUGAAGAGUGCAUUGAUAAUGAAGAAAGCGAAGAAGAUGUAGAAGCAGAAAGCACAAAUGAUCUUGAACAAGGCGUUGAGAAUGAAGAACAUGCAUCUGAAGAGUUAAAUCCAUAUGAUGUUAACGAAGACGAUCAUUUUGAUUUUGAGUCAAUUGAAGGUAAUGAAGAAAAUCUUACGGACAAUGAUAGUGCAGAUGUAAGUAGGGCUAUGGGUGAUGGUAGACAUAACAGGCCACAUUUUAUUGAAUUAGAAAUCUAUAUGACUCCAGAUUUCGUAGACAAUGAUGACUUAGAUGGGAAUGAAGAAAUGUAAUAUUGUAAUAAAAAAAUUAAAAAUCAAA